GCAAUAAUGACUGUACAUAAUGAAACAAGCGUCUGUUUCGGUUUCCUUGAUUCUACCUCUACGUCAGCACCUCACACACCAGGUGAUGGACGGCCUCAACUCCACCUUGUCCAGAUAUGCCGACAUGUCAAUCAGACUUCUGUGGCCUGUUCUGGUCUUCGUGGUCAUCCUAUUCGUGCUCGGUUUCCUUGGCAACUGCUUGGUUCUGUACAUAUACCAUCGUCACAUGGCACCUACAAUGUACGGACUUUUUGUCAAAUCCUUAGCGACGCUUGACUUGUUCAGCAUCUGUGUAUGUCUUCCAACUUCGUUCUAUUUCACCUUCUUCACACGUUCCAAUAACACGCCACACAUGUGCAAGUUCAUAACGUUCAUGAGCAAUUUCACGACCGUUACCUCGGGCAUCCUUCUGAGCAUCAUCGCAUAUGAGCGGUACAGGAAGGUAUGUCAUCCUCUGGCCUCACAGAUAACCCAGUCACUGGCUAAGAAGUUAUUCCUCGGAGGCAGUAUUAUUGUGCUAAUGCUUAGCAUACCUGUUCUCCUAACUGUGGGUGACAGUCACAAGAAACUACAUCUGGGCAACGACAGCAUUGAGCUCCCUGGGUGUGACUAUCAGGAAAAAUUCAAGCAGAACGGAAACGCAUUGAUACUCUUAAUUAUUCUGAGCAUAUGGUAUAUAGGAAUAGCGGCUUUCAUGGGAAUACUGUAUGGUAUCAUAGGACGAACCCUCCAUCAACACAAGAAGCAACACAGAGAUACGAUUCAAAGGAAAGUAAUCCCCACAAAGAUAUUCUUCAUCCUGACCAUUGUAUACCUCGUCUGUGUCUCUCCUAUGAUGGCCUUUCCCUUGUUUACUACCCUGCGUCCCAACUUUAAUGACUUGUCUUUCACCAAGAUGAUGCUCGUCAAUCUGGUCUGGUAUUUUCCCCACGUGAAUGCCGUUGCCAACCCCUUCAUAUACAGUUUCUCGUCAAAGCUGUUCAGGGAAAAGUGCCGACACAUUCUCUGUUGUCAUGAAGUUGUUGGUGUUACAAAAAGGACACGAACGCUUAGAGUACAAUGAAUUUUCGCCCUGUCCGAAAUAUUUUGUGAUAUUUGGAAAUGAAGACUGGCUUCAAAAGAUGGACUGGUAAUUAAAA